UUUUUGGAAAUCAUCUUUCUUGCCUGAAAAGUUAGCAGAAUCAAUUUCUGAAUCACUUCUUUUCUUACUUAGACUAUUAACAUGUUCUUGGGCAGCCUCUAAAUCUGAAGCUGUCUUUGUUACCAGUUUAGUUGAAGCAUAA